GGCGUCCGCUGUCGUGAAUAGUUGGCUUUGGCUUGCAAUCUUGCAAAAGAGCGCGAAAGGGGAAGAAAGAAAAAAGCAUAAAAUUGUUUUGUUUGGAACGAAUUCUUCGGCGUUUCUCUGGUUGUGGUUGCUGUUUUUUUGAAUUCCAGACACAUCAGAAGAACAAUGAAUUCUUCACUGAAAAUUGAACGAAAAUGCAUAGCUGACGCUGUUUUGCCAACACAGGAGCCAUUAUUGGAUUUUUCAGCUGGGUGUGUCUUAUUUAAUGAAGUUUCUCUACCUUCUAUUCAGCUAGAAGAAAUUGGAAACAUCAAGAUACCGCUAUCCCUCCUAGAUGCUGAAAGAAUAAAGGUGUUUUCAGAAAAACAGUUUGAUGCAGAUGCCUCACCAACCCUAUUCCCUUCCUCACAGAGACACACUUUUGAAAUAUGUUGUGAUAAAAUCCUUUUAUCAACACAAGAGAACAUAGACAUAAGUACUGUAGUAAUCAAGAUGUUAGGAUUGCCUGUUACUAAAACCAUGGAUUUCAAAGCGAAGCUUGAUAAGCUGAUGCUGUUUGAGAUAGAUGGGCAGUACACUCAUACCUUUGAUUCAGGGAAAGAAUUUGGAACAUUCGGUACGGCGAUUCUUCAGUUGCCCGUAAAUGGCGGCCAUGACGGUGGAAACUUCCAUGUGAAAUAUAAUGGAAGGCAGACCAGUUUCGAAGAUGACCUUGAUUGCGACCAGCUGUUCUCUCUGUCUUCAUUUUACAACAGCUGCGAGUGUGUCAUGAAUCCUGUUACGCGAGGCUGGAAGUUGACGCUCGUGUUCAACCUGGUGUGGACCAAUUCCAGCAUUGUGAUGCCAGCCGAUUUUCUAGCUUUCCUUACCUCACAGAAGAAAUUAGAAGCAGCACUGAUGCCUUGGAGUUCCCAGCGAAAUGAAGAUGACUAUUCCACCAAAGUUCAACAAUGCCCAUUGCUCAAAGAAGACGUCCAAAUCCCCGUGAUUACUUCGAUCGACGAGAAAGAAGUUCCGUGCUCUACAGACCAGCAAUCUGCAAAUAACUUGAACAACUCCCCUGACAGUGACGGUUGCUCGUUGGGUAAUGAAACAAUUGAAAUGGAAAUUGAAGGUUCCGUGGAAUCUGAAAUCCUAUCCCAUUCCGACCGUGAUGCUGACUGCUGCUGGGAAGAUGAUACAGAUUGCCAUUGCGAUCAAAAAAUCUCAUCCAGGAAAUGUGAAGAAGAAAAUGUAUUGUUCUUUGUUCUUGAAGAAAAGUAUUUCGAGGAACGUCUCAUGUUCCAUCACCUUCACGGGAACGAUCGAAUCCUGGCUGAUCUUUUGCGAUGCUGCCCUUUUAUCGAAGUGCAUCUGGCGAAAGUAACGCAUACCAAAACAAGGCAUAGAAAAUCAGAAGAAAAAACGUCAACAAAAAUUUCGCGUUGGAUGGAUUCGAACGGUGCUGUCAAAGAUCUGAAUAUCGAUGAGCUGAACUGGAACGAGACAUGUGUUGGACCCAUUCGAAACUUGCUGGAACCAUGUAGCAUUCAACCAGACAAGAAAAUCAAAUUCAGGAGACUAAAUUCAGAAGAAUGCAAUUGUCAGAAUGGAUGCCGUUGCAGGGGAAAAUCAAUUAGAAUUCGUCAGAAGAUUUACUUCCAUACAAUACUGGUUAUAUGGCCUAAACAUCUAUCCAUUAGAAUGUACUGUCGUUAUGGACUUGCUAUGCUGUUGAACGACCUUGAAAGUUCGUUGACUUCCGCGCUUGGAUGGCAGACGCUCACUCAACAGCAGCUUGCACAAGAUUUAAAUAAGACCGUCGAAUAUUGCUGCACCUAUCCCCAAAGAAUCUGGACCCAGUCAACUUUCAGAAACGGCGAGUUAACGCUGAGAUUACUCCGUCUCUGCAUCGCCUUGCGAGCACGUAAAGAAGGUCUCGAGAUAUUAAAGAUUCUUGGGUCCGAAUUCGAGAUUAAAAAGAAGAAAAAAACAUUGAAGACUUUUGAAGGCAUCCAGAAUGAGCAAGUAGCUCAAGCAGUCGUCGAAUUCGUCUGCCAAAGCAAUGGUUUGGGCGAUUGCAUUGAUCUGAUCAGAGGACUGAUUACUACUCAUCGAAUUUUCAAACAAUUUGUACCGAUUACUAAAAUGAUCCAGUACUUUCUUGACGUCAAAUGCGUGAAAGGAGCUAUGCUGAUUGGAGAUUGUGUAGCGUCGUCGAUGACCAACAUUGACCAGAAAGGAGCUGCCGUUCUCAAACAGUCAGAUGUAGCUUUAUACGUGGAUGCAAUUGUAUCUUUGGAGGCGUACCCGGAAGCCUCAAGUCAAGAAAGACUAGCAUCGUUGGUCUCUGUCUUCUCCAAGCUUUCUUCGACCUUGCAAUGCCGUUUGAUGCUGGAAUUGGAUGCCCAGGUCAACUCGCGCUUCAUGGAUAGUGUAUCCUGCCAGUUUAUUUUCAUGGAAAUUUGCGAGACUUUUCUUAAUUGCGAAUUAAGCGUUCUCCUCGCUCCGGACGCUCUUGGACUGCUGAAAUGUUUUAUUCUACUUGAAAAUCCAAAAUGGCUCGAGUCUUUGCUCUCCAAAAUGAUCGAUGUUCCAGAUCAAGAAGGAACGAUUGGCUUGUUGAUGCAAUUUCUUUCGGAUCAAUCUUUAUGGACUCUUGCCGAAUCAUCGGAAUCAGGAAAAACGUCACUGAUAUCCAUUUUAAAUCGAUACUCAACGCUGUUAUUCGAUAAAUUGUCAGCCAUCAAAGAGAUUGUCAAGUCACCUUCAAACUUUCAAUGGAAUUACGACUGCGAUUUGCUACUAUCUAGCGUGACUAAGUACAUUCAGUUUGUGAUGCAAGUGAAACGUAACCCUAAACUAGCAGAUCUCCAACCAAUACCCUCCAUCUCGUUACUGUUGUCUCAAAUGAACUUUGACCAAAUUUGGCACAUCCUUGAAGGCUUUCACAAAUCCAGCAGUGAACACUGGAAAACCUCUUUCUGCUAUUCCGACGUGAUGCAUGAAAUCUGCGCGUUUGUAGUUUCUGCAAUGAAGAAAUCCGAAGUAACGCAACGAAGAGAUGUAGUCUCGAAUGUGGUCAGAAGCCUUCUUCAUUUUCUCGAAAAUUCAUUGUUGCAUUCGCUGUUCAUGGAAGUGUGUGUAUUUCAAGCAGCCGGAUGCUGGUCCCACGACAUCAAAUGCGAAUUUUUCAGUGACAUCAUCUCUUCAACUGAAGUUUGGUGUAAACUAGAUUCUGAUACCAAAUUGGAUAUUCUGAACACGUGUGCUACGCACAUCGAGUCAUGGAUAAUUGAAGAAUGCAACAAAUUGGAUGAAAACUCCUGGAUUCUGAAUACCCAAGAAGAAUUGUUCAAUUGCAUUCACCUUUUCUUCUUGAUUGAAGAGCAUCGGUUCGAUCCCAAACAAAAGAAUAUUAUUCGAUCCUUUCAACCGUAUUUGAAAAAAUUGCCACGCCAUCAUCUACGGAAGUUUAUGCUCGACCUCCACAUGUCGAUAGUCACGACGAAGCCCUGCAUCAAGAAAUUCUCAGUUUGCCUCGAAUUGUUUACCACGAUGUGCCGAAAUUUUUUCAGUCGCCCUUUUUUGUUGGACUACGUUUCAAAAGAAGACGGUGACAAAAUUGUGAAUUGCUUGUUGUUGAUUGACGACGCUCGUUCCUGGGAAAGAUUUGCAAACAAGAUUUGUUCCUUGGAAGUUAUUACAGACGAUAAUCAACCCUUUCAGCGGACAUUGUUGAAUACCAACAUCCAAGAAGCCAUCGCGAAGUCGCCACUUGCCUCUGCUGCUAUUAUACGCAUCGCGGACAAUUGGGUAUCCAAAUGGAAAUCAGUGGCGGGACCGUCCUUCACCUGGAGUAUGCCGAAAGCUGUAAUACCCAAUCACUCCGAAGUGGAAAAGUUUCUUCGUUCCUCGGAAACCCAUUUCACCUACCCUAUAUGCAUAGAUCAUUUCCGCGAAUUUAAAAAUGAUCUUGGCCAAACUGGUCCCUUGAUAAAGUUCAGUGUUUCAGUGUCAGAUUGGAACCCUCUUUCCAGUAAUUUUAAACUUGAAAAAACCAUAGAAUACCAUCAGAGUGUUGCGGAAUCGUUUCGAAGAUUGACAUCGGAAAUGGGAGAUGUGCAGAAGUUCCGUCAGAGUCUCAGCCAGAACCUUGCGGCACCCAAACCUUCAGGGAAAAGGCAUUUGGAAUCCGUUUCCUCGUCGACGACGUCGGAUGAGGUCUUCAUUCUCUCUCCUAAACGCAGUAAGCUCAACAUUUCUUCAUUAGAUCUUACCAUUUGAUCGGUCUGGUUUGAUUUCGUGUUUAGUUUAGUUAUUUUUACUUUUAUUGGUUUUACAACCGUGAAUUUUGAUGUGCUAUCUCCCAAGUCUUCGUAAGUCUUGAUCUGAAAGGCAACGUCAAUUGUCAACCAAGUUUCCUGUUUCCGUGUACAACAUAUUAUUUGGAUAAUAUGCUUUAUAAACGUAAAUUCUUUGUCUUUUG